AUGGAGAUCAAACGAAAUCCUGGACAAUGUUACAAUUCAAGAGUACUUCACUGCAAAGAGUAUGUUCUUAGCUCUUACAACAUUGACGCCUCUUCAGAGUACCUCUCCUCCUCAUCCCUUUCUUCUUUUAUUCCAUUCUUCCUUCAUGUUUCUAUGGAUUAUUUUCACAGUAAAACAGUCCCUACAGUUUGGAUUUUGUGGAUGGGAGCAGCUUUUCUUCUCGCGUUAACGAUGAGAUUCAUGAUGCAUGUCUUGUUCAAACCUGCAUGGAAACGCUGUUGGCUUAAAACUAUGAGUACCCAGAAUUUGCAAAUACUUUCAUUUUCUCAUUACUCCACACUGCCGCCAAUAUCUGUCCCUCCCCCGUUGGAAGAGCUCUGCAGCAUUGUCAUCAGCACUGUUGGUGGGCUAGAUGAUCUGGAGUUGAGCCUAAAUAAGUUUAAAUAUUCUCUAACUUCGUCCCUUGUAGCUCAGGCUAUUGAUUCUAGUAAGCACCAGGCACACACUAGAAGAUUGCUGAGGUUUUUCUUAUGGUCUAGUAAGAAUCUGAGUCAAAGUUUGGAAGACAAGGAUUACAAUCAUGCUCUUCGAGUUUUUGCUGAAAAGAAAGACUACAUAGCAAUGGAUAUUUUGAUGGGAGAUCUCAAGAAGGAGGGUCGAGGCAUGGAUGCAGAGACUUUUGGUCUUGUAGCUGAUACUUUGGUUAAACUGGGAAAAGAAGAUCAGGCAUUGGGUGUUUUCAAGAACUUAGACAAGUAUAAGUGUCCUAUAGAUGAAUUUACAGUCACUGCUAUCAUUAAUGCCCUUUGCUCCAAAGGGCAUGCUAAGAGGGCUGAAGGGGUAGUUUGGCAUCACAAAGACAAGAUUACAGGCGCAAAACCUUGCAUAUAUAGAAGUCUUCUUUACGGGUGGUCUGUGCAGAGGAAUGUGAAGGAAGCUAGGAGAAUUAUUAAAGAGAUGAAAACGAAUGGGGUUAUCCCAGAUUUGCUAUGCUACAACACAUUCCUCAGGUGCCUUUGUGAACGGAAUCUCAGACAUAAUCCUUCAGGACUAGUGCCUGAAGUUUUAAAUGUCAUGAUGGAGAUGAGGUCUUAUAAAGUUUUCCCAACCUCUAUAAGUUACAACAUACUGCUUUCUUGUCUAGGGAAGACCAGAAGAGUUAAGGAAUCUUGUCAAAUACUCGAAACAAUGAAAAAUUCUGGUUGUGAUCCUGAUUGGGUCAGCUAUUAUCUUGUGGCAAAGGUGUUGUUUCUGAGCGGCAGGUUUGGUAAAGGGAAAGAGAUAGUGGAUCAAAUGAUUGGAAAAGGCUUGGUGCCUAACCAUAGGUUUUACUACAGUUUAAUUGGUAUUCUCUGUGGGGUUGAAAGGGUAAAUCAUGCUCUUGAACUGUUUGAGAAAAUGAAGACAAGUUCAAUGGGAGAUUAUGGACCAGUUUAUGAUGUGCUCAUUCCAAAGCUUUGUAGAGGAGGGGAUUUUGAAAAGGGAAGAGAGCUUUGGGAUGAAGCCACAUCUAUAGGCAUCACUCUUCAGUGCUCACGAGAUGUUUUGGAUCCUUCAAUAACAGAAGUUUACAAACCUAUGAAACCAGAAAAAAUCAGCCUUGUUGAUAGCUCAAUAGCCAAGUCUCCACGAAGAGUUACAAAAUUUGUAGGACAGUGGCAGAAGCUCAUAACACAGUAUUGCAAAAUGGAGUUUCGGAGAGAGAGAGAGCGAGCACGAGAUCAAGAUCUGGAAACCCCCGCACAUGGGUCAUGGCACAUUCAAGUUAAGCAGAGGAAAGGGACAAGAAGAAGGCGUGAAUACGGGGAUAUUGUGCGGCCCAUUUAG